AUGCUGCCGACCACGAUACACGCAGCACCGUCUGUGGACGAGUUCAUUCCUCUGGGCGAAUACCAGUCCACCACGCCAGCGAGCUUCCACGAUGGCAAGCCCGUGCUACACUACCACGCGACCGGUGCCAGGGCCUGGCUGCCUAGGGACCAGCAGUCCAGGCUGCCUGUCUUCCCAGCUGACGCACCCACCUCUGAUGGAGACUCGGGCGAGAUGGUCUCACAGGACAGUAUUGAGCUAUUCAUCACCUCUGAGAACCUCACAAUCUUCAACACCAAGACAGCCAUGGGCAUACAGAUCCCGUACCCGUCUAUAGCACUGCAUGCCAUGCAGCACAAGGCCGAUCCCUCCUCAGCUGGCCCUGUUGAUGCUGACGCCGACGCCGACAAGGCCCCCUGCGUCUUGCUGCAGCUCGACCUGUCUGAUGGCGGUGCUGACGAUGAGACCUUCGACACCGUGCAGCUCACCUUGGUACCUCCCACCUCGUCCACAGACCUUUCCGCGCCCAUUGGGGGAGCCGGCGCCGCUGUUCAGUCUGAGCAGGAGAAGCUGUUCGACGCUAUAACAGCUUGUCAGAACCUUCACCCAGACCCGGCCGACGAGGAUGAUGAGGAUGAUGGCGAAGAGGACUACUCGGACCGUAUCAUCUUCGAGUCGGCCAUUGAUGGCUCUGCUGAGGCCGUUGAGGGACUGCCUGGCGUGUUCAGGGGCACCGCCACUGGUGAUCUGCCCCCGCCCAUGCCUGGCAGCACAGGCUGGAUCACUGCCGAUAAUGUGGGCGAGUACUUUGACGAGAACGGCAGCUGGAUUGGCGGGGCUGAUGGGGAUGAGGAAAAGGAGGACGGAGAGGAGGGAGACGGAGGGGCGGUCCAGGCUCAAGGCGAGGAGGGUCUGGGUGAGGGUGCAGGAAGAGUUCGGCCGCGGGAAGAGGCCAAUGGGCAUGAUGACGGCGAGAGUGAGAACAAAAGGCCUCGAACCGAAUAGUGGUCUAGGCCAGUCCUCGUGCAUUUGCCGAUCAUCGUCAUUAUCAACAUCAUCUGGUCAGCCGCUUCAAAGCGUUCAAAGCCUAGGAUGGGUUGGACGGCCAUACACUUCGUCAUCACCUGAGAGAGAGAAGCACCCUAGGGCGGUAUCGUACUCUUUUGGUACUCGAGCUAACUCUUACCUCUCUGUUCGAGACCCUUUCCCCACAAGGCGCUACUAGACGGCUGUGGUCAUGAGCUAGAAUCAUACGUCUAUGGCUCAUAUACUCCUAUGACUCUGACCUAGUAGCAUCGUACACAGACACUAGGAUUGUUCGUCGAUAUCUAGGCCGUAUACAAAUUCAUCCGCGCGUUCUAUGGUUGACGACCUA